UCGGAGGCUGGGGCGUGAUUGGGAGGUCCGGUGUUCCGGAUCUUCAGAGACUUGCGCCUCUGCCUGUUAGAGUCCCGGGUGGGCCCAGGGGCGCCUAGCUGCUUGCCGGUCGACACCGGCAGGGGAGGCGAGCACCCGGGCGCGCCUGUCGCUUGGUCCCUCCGCGGCCCACGCUGUCCCAGUCCGCCGGCAGGCUUUGGCUUCUUGGCUGGAACAGUCAUGGCGUCCCAGCAGAAUCCCUCAGCGAAGAAGAAAGACGAUAAGGGGAAGAAUAUCCAAGUGGUGGUGAGAUGCAGACCAUUUAACUUGGCAGAGCGAAAAGUUAACGCCCACUCAGUUGUAGAAUGCGAUCAAACACGGAAAGAAGUUAGUGUUCGAACUGGAGGACUGGCUGACAAAAGCUCAAGGAAGACGUACACUUUCGAUAUGGUUUUUGGAGCUUCUACCAAACAAAUUGAUGUUUACCGAAGUGUUGUUUGUCCAAUUCUGGAUGAAGUUAUAAUGGGCUAUAACUGUACUAUCUUUGCAUAUGGCCAAACUGGCACUGGAAAAACCUUUACAAUGGAAGGUGAAAGGUCACCUAAUGAAGCAUAUACCUGGGAGGAGGAUCCUUUGGCUGGAAUAAUUCCACGUACACUUCAUCAAAUUUUUGAGAAGCUUACUGAUAAUGGUACUGAAUUUUCAGUUAAAGUGUCACUGUUGGAAAUAUAUAAUGAAGAACUUUUUGAUCUUCUUAAUCCUUCUUCUGAUGUCUCUGAGAGACUACAGAUGUUUGAUGAUCCCCGUAACAAGAGAGGAGUGAUAAUCAAAGGUUUAGAAGAAAUUACAGUACACAACAAGGAUGAAGUCUACCAGAUUUUGGAGAAAGGAGCAGCAAAAAGGACAACUGCAGCAACUUUGAUGAAUGCAUACUCCAGUCGUUCCCACUCAGUUUUUUCUGUUACGAUACAUAUGAAAGAAACUACAAUUGAUGGAGAAGAACUUGUUAAAAUUGGAAAGUUGAACUUGGUUGAUCUUGCAGGAAGUGAAAACAUUGGCCGUUCUGGAGCUGUUGACAAGAGAGCCCGGGAAGCUGGAAAUAUCAAUCAAUCUCUGUUGACUUUGGGAAGGGUGAUUACUGCUCUUGUAGAGAAAACACCUCAUGUUCCUUAUCGGGAAUCUAAACUAACUAGAAUCCUCCAAGAUUCUCUUGGGGGCCGUACCAGAACGUCUAUCAUUGCAACAAUUUCUCCUGCAUCUCUCAAUCUUGAGGAAACUCUGAGUACAUUGGAAUAUGCUCAUAGAGCAAAGAACAUAUUGAAUAAACCUGAAGUUAAUCAGAAACUCACUAAAAAAGCUCUUAUUAAGGAGUACACAGAAGAGAUAGAGCGCCUGAAACGUGACCUUGCUGCUGCCCGUGAGAAAAAUGGAGUGUACAUUUCUGAAGAAAAUUUUAGAACCAUGAGUGGAAAAUUGACUACUCAAGAAGAGCAAAUUGUGGAAUUGAUUGAAAAAAUUGGCGUUCUUGAGGAAGAACUAAGUAGGGUUACAGAGUUGUUUAUGGAUAAUAAAAAUGAGCUUUACCAGUGUAAAUCUGACCUGCAAAAUAAGACACAAGAACUUGAAACUACUCAGAAACAUUUGCAAGAAACUAGAUUGCAACUUAUUAAAGAAGAAUAUAUCUCAUCAGCUUUAGAAAGCAAUGAGGAGAAACUUCAUGAUACUGCGAGCAAGUUGCUUGACACAGUUGAAGAAACUACAAAGGUUGUAUCUGGUCUCCAUUCCAAACUGGAUCGUAAGAAGGCAGUUGAACAACACAAUGCAGAAGCACAGGAUAUUUUUGGCAAAAACCUGAAGAAUCUGUUUAAUAAUAUGGAGCAGUUAAUCAAGGAUGGCAGCUUAAAACAAAAGGCUAUGCUAGAUGUUCACAAGACCUUGAUUGGUGAGCUGCUGUCUUCCAGUGUGGCUGCAUUAGACUCCUUUACUACGACAGCACUGGGAUCUCUCACGUCUAUUUCAGAAAAUGUGUCGACUCAUGUUUCUCGCAUUUCUAAUAUGAUGGUAGAAGAACAAUCACUAGCUGCAGAAAGUAAAACUGUACUGCAGAAAUCGAUUAAUGAACUUACAACUGACCUACAUUCACUGCAAACGGUUUUAUCCCCUACUGUGGUCUCCAUAUUGAAAAUCAAUAGUCAACUGAAACAUAUAUUCAAGACUUCAUUGACAGAGGCUGAAAAGGUUGAAGAUCAGAAAAAAGAAAUGGAUGACUUCCUCAAUAAAUUGUGUAACAGUCUACACGAACUACAAGAGAGUAUAGUUUCUUCCUUGAUUGAAUCACAGAAGCUUUGUGGAACCUUAAGUGAAGAAGUGAAAACAAUAAAGCAAACCCAUUCACAGGAACUUUACCAGUUCAUGAAUCUUUGGGCAGAGAGAUUCUGUACUUUGGAGGAAAAAUGUGAAAGCAUCCAGAAACCACUCCGCAAUGUUCAAGAAAGUACAAAGCAGAAAUCUAAGGAUAUAAUCAGCACAGCAACUUUUCACUGUAAAAAAUUUUGUACUGAUUUUGAUGGCUUGUCCCAGAAACUCAGACAUUUUAACCAAGAAGGUACACAGUUGGUUGAAGAGUCUGUGAAACAGUGCGAUACACUCAGCAUCAACCUGGAAGAAAUAUCUCAAGAAACUGAACAGAGAUGUGCAUCUUUGAACAUGGAUACAGUUUGUUUUUCUGAACAGUGGAUAUCUUCCUUAAAUAAAAAGGAAGAGGAACUUCAGAACUUACUGGAGGGUACAAACGGAUGUUGGGAGGCCUCCAAGUCAGAAAUCACUGAAAAAUUAAAUGGACAUAAGGCAGAAAAUAAGAAUCAGCAUGAUAUUUUUCUUAGCCAGAUAAGAACUGAUGAAGAAAAUAUGUCAGCACAAAAUCUAGAACUUAAUGAAACUACAAAACAGGGUUUGACUAAGCUUCACUGCUUCCUGCAACAGGAUCUCAAACUGGACAUCCCAACAGGUACAACACCACAGAGGAAACGUUAUUUCUACCCAUCAACACUGGUGAGAACUGAACCACGAGAACAGCUCCUUGAUCGGUUAAAAAAGGAAAACCCUGAGCUGUUAGUGAUGGUGAGCUGUUCAGAAAACAACGAAGAGGAAGAGAACAGUCGGGUCAUGAAUAAAGAAGAGACAGUUCUGGAGCAGUCUGUUGAAGAACCUCUGAGUCAACAGCCACGUGCAGAUGCCAACGUGGAUUGUUCUUCCAGUGGUGGAGUUCCAUUUUUCCAGCAUAAAAAAUCACAUGGAAAAGACAAGGAAAAUAGAGGCAUUAACCUGAUGGAGAGGUCUAAAAUGGAAGAAGCUGCAGAGCACUCUGUCACGAAGAGCAGAUUACCACUUCGAGCCUAAAAACAUCUUUGGUUAACUUGAGGCUUGAGAUGUUUCUCAAUAAGACUGAAGCCACAGAACAUGAGCCUUAUGUACCUAUUAAAAAUGAAUAGACUAUAUCAAGGCAGUCUGGUAAAUGCAGCUAACUUUCAUAUCUACCCAUGAUUUUGUCAUCCCUGUAAUUCUCUGUAUAUUGAAUUGGGUUUCUUUUGGGGAUUUGCACUGAGUAAAUAUGUUUCAAGCUUUUCAUAUAAAGUAGCCCUGUACUUCCUUUGUAUACUAUUAAAUACUAAGCACAUGGGAGCUGUGUUAUUUUAGGUAAGUGUCCUUGACCCUUGGCCUUACAGAGGAGUAGCUCAUUGAUUUUCUUGCUAUGACUUAGUGAAGUCUACUUUUUCUUUCUCCAAGAUUUUUCUCCUUCAACUUCUCACAUCACUCUCUCUCCUCCUAUUGGCCACAAAACUUUCUUUUUGUUGUAGUUCUAGAAUCUGAACCUAAUGAGUGCCAACCUAUAUCCUCCUACCCCAAUGCCUGUGCCACCAACUCUGGAAGUAUCUUCCAUUUUUGUUUUUCCCUAGAUAUAAAAACAUUUCAUUCUUUUAUGAGGCUAACCACCUUAGCCUACACACGGUUCUCUAAGAACCAGCUUCUCCAAAAUACAUAGACUAUUACUACAAUAGAACUUCCUAGAGCUAUGAAUCAGGGCUUUGUGGUCCCACUUUAAGGCUUUCAGUUUUAGGAGGUUGUGUGAUUUAAGGACUGUUUGAAACUGCCAAUUAUGACUAUAAUUUAUAUUUUGUUUGCCUUAUGAAACUUCUUGUUGUUCUUUGUAUAUAAUAAAUAUGCUUAUGUACAUUCAAUUUUAAUCCUUAGAAGGCCUCUCUGGCUCUUUCCCUCUAUCUUUCUUUUGAUGAUGCUGGGCAUAAAACCAAAGGUGUUGUGCAACUAAGUUCUACUCACAAACUUUUUCAUCUUUUGUUUGGAGAUUUAGUUGUCUAAAUUGGCCUUGAACUUGUAAUUGUCCUGUCUUAGCCUUGCAAAUAGCUGGAAUUACCAGCCUAGGGGCCUUUAAUCUGGCAGCUGUAUUUUUAGAAGUGAAAACGAAGUUCCAGAGCACUUAGAAGGAAUAUGUGCAAGGAAAACAUUUUGUGCCCGCAUUAAGUUGAGCAUAUAAAUCUUAGAUUUUACUUUGAUAGCUAACAAAACCCAGCGCUAUUGGAGGAUUAGAAAAUGUUUGAAGGGGCUGGGGAAAUAGCUCAGAAUAAGUGCUUGCCUGGC